AUGUCGCAACUUACCACCUCUCUAGAAGAAGCCCAUCUCGUUCCCGGCGCAGCUGCCGCUCUGAUCCCCGCGUCCUUUGCGCCGAGCGCCGAUCUAUCAGUGUCAUUCGGCGAUGCGCCAGUGCAGCUGGGCAACUUGCUGCGCGUGUCACAGGUGCAGCAAAAGCCCACCAUCAGCUUUCAGAUAGAGGCCGACGCCGGCGCCGCUGCCAGCGACAGCUCAUAUCUCGUGAUGCUCGUCGACCCCGACGCGCCGACGCCCGAAGAUCCCAAGUUUGCGUUUUGGCGGCACUGGGUCGUCUCCGGCCUGCAGCCCGGCCGCGGCUGUGGCGCGGCCGCGACCGCACUGACCGAGUUUCUCGGCCCGGGACCCAAGCCCGAAUCCAAUCCUCAUCGCUACCUCUUCCUCUUAUUCCGCGAGCCGGCGGGCCUCGCGCUCGGCAAGAGCGACGUGGGCGGCGAGGCGUUCAUCGAGCGCCGCUCCUUUGACGCCGCCACGUUCGUCGCGCGGCACGGCCUGCAGCUCGUGGGCCUCAACUGGGUGCUCUGCGCGGCCGACGAGUGGUGUGCGUAG